GCAACGGGGCUCUUGGCCCAACACGCCCAUGCGAGCGUCAACGCUUCCUCGGACACCCCGGAGGUCGCGGCCCUCGCACAGCUCCAAGACGAUGAUCUUUCACAAGAGGAGAAGGAGAUCCAACGCGAGCUUGGUGAGUCUAUCCUCUGA